UAAUAUUUUGACAUUUUAAAAAGUCACGUUUCGUUAAUCUUGUCUAAAUUCUCAGUAAGAAUGACGACAGAAGCAAACGAGCAAUUUUAUUACAAUUUAAUGUUAGCCAAAGCAUUAGUACAAUUAAUGCCAGCAACUGAUCGACAACACGUAAGAAUAUGGUUUGAUGUCCUUGCAGAUCUUGACACCAAUGAACAAGAACUAUCUAUUCGAAACGAAUAUAUCUGGUUUAUUCUUCUCAUGUUACAAAAUAACAAAAUUGAAGAAUAUUUUAAAGAUUUACCACCGAGAAAAAUUUUACCACUUCGCAAAGUUUUACCUCAGAAAGUUAUCGACGAUGUUUUAAUAACUUGCGAUCAAAAUAUGUCAUGGCUGGAUACAGUCACUGACGAUGAAAAACAAAAAAAUUUGGACAAAAAGAAAAUUCCACCCGAAGAGUUUUUAAAUAGCCAACCACUUCCUAAAGAGGGUGUUAUCUCUUAUUUUGGAGCUUUCAGUGACCAUUCGUAGGUCACACAAACGAGAUAAAAUAUUAACAAUGCCAUCUUUAACUGAGUUUGUGAAUUAAGUCAAACUGUUUGCAGUUAUCUGAAUUAAUAUUUUGUAAAGCGGAAUAAAUAAAUUCUAUUCUCUAGAAAUUUUGUUAAA